AUGAAUUCUGGAAAACAGUUUUACAUACCUGUUCAACGAUGGUUGGCACGAGAUGAAGAGGAUGGGGAAAUCUGUCGAGAAUUUCCUCUUUUAAAUAAAGGACAACCCAUCCUUCCAGUGACAGUUUAUGAAGUGUAUGUGGCAACAGGUGAGCUAUGGAAUGCUGGAACAGUAGCAAAUGUCUACAUUUCUGUUUAUGGGGAAAUGGGAGAUACAGGAUCCAGACAACUAUUUAGAUCGAAGAGUUCCUUCAAUUUUUUAAGAGGACAAACUGACACCUUCUUCCUGGAAGCUGUGUACCUUGGAGAUUUGUACAAGAUUGUGAUAGGCCAUGAUGGACUCGGCCCAGGAAAUGGCUGGUUUCUUGAUGAUGUUGUGGUCAGGGAUCCCACAACAAACCAUGAAUAUGCCUUCUUUUGUCACAGAUGGCUGGAUCAAGGGGAAGAUGAUGGAAAAAUUGUCAGAGAAUUGUAUGCCAGGGCAAACAGUAUCUUCUCUGCGAGUGAGUGUCAUGAACCCAUAUUUCUUGAAAAAAUGUUCUAUGAUGACUGAAAAAAGCAUGACACUGCUGAAAUUAAUGGUCUCUCCCCCCCCUUUUUUUUCUUCUCAGGGCAGAAGCUAGAACUUAAGAGAAAAGAAACAUGGACUUCAGAAAGCUGGAAGUUUAUGAAAGGAAACACUCUUCAGUUCUACAACAGGCUGACUGGAGGGUUUGUCCGUCUGCAUCCAGAUGGCACAGUUGAUGCCGUUGGAAAAAAGACAGACAAAUAUGGUCUCUUUGAUGUUAUUUUCAACCAAGGAAAUAUAUGCAUUUUCCAAAGUCAUGAGAUAAGACACCUUUCUCUUGCCCUUGACAAUGGUUUCAUCACUGGAAUGUCUAGUCGUGGAGCCGCCACAGAGCUGCGGGUGCUUUAUCAGCCCAACCGAUGUGCACUUCUCGAAUCAGUACUGAUUCCUGGUCACACAGUUGUUUUUGAUCGUCAUGGCAAAAUAGCUGAUGAAUCAUCAGCAGGAGGUGCAGACCUUUCAAAAGAAUUUGUCGUUUUCGUCAAGGGCGUGUUCCUCAACAGUGCUGUGGUUCUACUUGCUACAAGCCUGUGUCAGGCCCUAUGUCUCCAGCCCGAUGGGAGCUGCACAGGAGCGGGAAACCAGUCUGAAAAAUCCUACUGGAAAGUACAUAAAAUCAGCUCUGGGAUUUGCAUGUUUGAAAGUGUGAAAAAUGCACAUAUGUAUCUGAGGAUUAAGGAUGGCCAGUGUGAUGGAAUAGGUACAGGAGAUAUUGACUGUCAUUUUAAAAUUAAGAAGAACUUGGAAAAUGCAUCCAUAAGCCUGGAAUCUGUGAAGAGCCCAGGGCUGUUUGUUGGACUUCAGUCAGAUGGACAGGCAAAACCAGUGAUUUAUACCAAGGAUGAGAAUGUUUGCUUCUAUCCACAAGUCAUUCAAUUUGGCAGGGAAAACCCAAUGGGAAUGUCUGCAACAACCAGCAAAGAGGAAGAAAAGAUCCAUGAGUCAAAAAACAAGAAGGAAAUACCACCAGAAUCUGAGGCCAGGGGUCCCUCACCUUCUUCAGCUGCACAACUUCAGGAGACCAGCAGCACAAAGGGAGCUUAG